AGCGUGGGGCCAUCGCCCUCUGCUGGCUGUGGGUGCAAAUGGUUGCAACACUUUGCAAAUAAAUAAAAAAUAAAAUAACAACAGAGGAGGAUUGUGGGAUCGCGAACUUCCUUCAUCUGUCCAGGAAGACAAGCUCGUUGCACACGAGGAGGCGGCGGCGUUGAAGCAAAGUCGGGGAGUGGCACACCCAGCCCACGAAGUCCCUGGAAGUCUGUCGGGCCACGAGUGAUUCCCAUUUUUAGCUAUGGCUGAAUUGGUUCCCUCCCCUGAGGACUCCCCCACUGACCUCUGUCCUGAUAGCCCUGUGGAACCACUGUCAGCCCCCGAUUCUCUUCCAGCUGAACAAUCCCCUACCGAGAUCGACCUCCCUUGCCGCUUUUUCCUAGAAGGUCGUUGCCGCUUUGGUUCCCGCUGCCGGAACAGUCACCCUGGUGACAUGGGAGCUGCUCCUCGUUCAGAAGACUGCGGAGCCAACCGCAGUCGUUCUCCACAAGGCAAGAAGCCCCCCAUGAAGACUGCAGAGGAUGUUAUCUCUCGUCUCCUCUGGGACCCCCAGGUGCCUGCUGAACAUUUUUCUAUUGGUUACCUUGAUCGGUUCUUGGGGGUAUUGGAAGAGCCUUUUGCUGCUUUCUCCUGGGAGGACCUGGCUUCAGCCGGGCCUGGCGUGCUGGCUAUCCCCAAACAUAGGAUCCACUAUUUCAAAUACAAGACUUGCAUGGUGUGGGACAAAGUGAGCCGCACAGACGAUGUCUUUGGGUCCACAGGAAGUGGGAGAACCAUCUUGGAGGUGAUGAAGGAAGUCGACAAGGCAGCCAGAACCACAGAGGAAAAGGCUCAGGGCCAUCCUUCAAAUGGAGACAGAGAAAAGGGGAUGGGAGGUGUUGGACCAGGGGCAGCUAAAGGCAGCGGAGAAGAGGCGGUCAGUGGUUCAGCCAGAGAAAAACAGGUGGCCGAGACAGUUGGCGGACAGGAUGCUGUCAAAGAGCUUGGGGAAGCAAUGGAUCAUUUGGAUGCCUUCAGCAUCACAAAGGAAAAUGAUCCAAUAGUGGAAGAUGAGGAAAACACAGCUUUGCAGAGCAGGGAGGUGGGGCACCUUCCGCAUCGCAAACAGCGUCCCACCCAUUUCAUAGCUAUCCAAGUCACCAGUCGAGAGACCUGGGAAGCUGUGAAACUCUUCCAAGGCGCCCUCUCCGAGGUUCAGCCGAACCUAGAAGAGUUCUAUGCCCCUUUGCCUACUCUGCAUAUCACACUGUGUCUGCUGCACUUGGGUACCCCGGAACACAUUUGCAAAGCUGUUAGGGCACUCCAGGAACUGCAAGCCAACAGCCAGCGCCUGCUGCCCCCAGCCUUGCUUCUCUCCUUCCACAAGGUUGAGGCUUUCCAUUCUCGUGUGCUCUACUUGUCACCAGCACCUACGCCUGGGCUGGGAUCACUGGCCCGGACUUUGGAGGAUGCCUUUAACAAGAAGGGCUUGGCAGUGAUUCCUCCUCCGGACAAAGACAAGUUCCACUUGACCAUGGUGAAGAUCCCACGGGCAAAGGCAGAUCUACGGUUGCCAGCAGAUUCCUCAUGGAUUCCAACUAUUAAUGAUUUAGGAACACAGGCUGUAGAGGCAUUAUGUUUGUGCGAGGUUGGGAAAGGUAGGAGGACUGAUGGGUUUUACACCACGGUUCUGAAAAUAGAUCUAUACUGAGACACAGGAGUGGCAUCUCCUGUUCUGGUGCUGGAGGCGAAACUGGAAGUUUUGCUAUGCUGCUGCUACUGCUACCAUGUGUCCUUUCAACACUGGUGGUGAUUUUUGCGCAAGAUUGUGUUUAUUUCAGAAAAGAUCUUACCUCAAAUGGACAGGUUUUGUCCAAAAUCUGCGCCAAUAGCGGUGGCACUUCUCUUCUGCUGGCAGAUGGGACAUGCAUGAGCAUGGUGCCUGGGGGGCUUCUGCCAUCUGAGGCAGCAGCACACUCUGCCUUAUGGCUGAGCUGGCUCUGCUGGGGCAAUUGUUAUCAAGCAGCAGGUAAGCAUCUUUGCAGUCAAGAUCCACUCUACAGAAGGGGUCUAAACCCUGUAAACUGUAUUAUUGUGAACAGCAGGAACACAGCUAAGAUGGUGAACUAGCCUUGAAUAACCUGGGCUAGCUACCUACAGAAGGGAUUUAAGAGGAAGGCUGGGGUGGAGGAUGCUCAGACUCUGCAGAUACAGUGGUACCUCUGGUUGCGAAAGGGAUCCAUUCCGGAGGCCCUUUCGCAAUGUGAAAAGGCCGCAUCCUGAAGCGCCGAAUCUGCGCACACGCAUGAUGCAAUUCAGCACUUCUGCACAUGUGCAAAGUGCCAUUUAGUGUUUUUGUGCAUGCGCGCGCGUGCCGAACCCGAAAGUAACCCAUUCCGGGACUUCUGGGUUCAGCGCGGGAUGCAACCUGAAAAGACAUAACCCACAGCGGAUGUAACAUGAGGUAUGACUGUACUAUACUUAUACUGCAUUAAGCUAUUCUGAGGAAACAGUAGGAACUACAGUGUCCUUUCCCCAUUUAUUCAGGCAGGAUACAUCUGGUAGACUAGAGCAUAAGUACAUUGGGGUACUGGGAACUACACCUUCCAUGGGAAUGAGAACACCAAACUUUGACAAGAAGGAAGUGGCUUGGCUGACAUGGCCUUUUCCCUCCCUUACGUAACAAAAUGAAACAAGACUUUUGAAUGCAGAUAAACUUGUUCUGACCAUUAGUCAUGACCAAGACCUUUUGAGAAGAAAGUGAACUGAGCACUUUUACUUGUACCGAUUUCUAUGGCUGUUUGUCAUGACUAAAUGGCAAGCAUUGCAGGCCAUUGUCCCUGUACCAUGUAAGGAGGAAAGCUGCAAACAAUGUAGCUGACUAGCUCAGAAAGGCUGCAGGCUCUCAAGUUCCUCUAACAACCUCCUCCUCUCUCCCCUGUCCCAACACUUUGCAUGGUAGCUUUUGCAAGUCAGCGAAGCUAAACACAUCACACACCCCUUGCCUGUUACUGGGGACAGAUGAAAACAAGCUAGAAUCUCCCUUUGCAUGUGCUCUGUUCCUGUGUUUUGUUCCUAUGCCCCCCUGUUCAAUCUUACGACACCAACACACCAGAGAUUUUGCACAUUUUUGUUUUCAAAAAUUUGCUUUUAAUCAGUUGGAAAAAGAUUCAGAGGUUUCUGUAAAGGAAAAAGGAAUCUUUGAAAAAUCCAGCCCAAGCCAAAACAUCCCAAAAUUACACAUGUUCAAAAAAUAAAGAGAGAAAGAAAAGAAGAAUUAGAGCAAAGGAGAAAAGGAGAGGGUGGGGAAGGGAUUAUGAGAAGGCUAGAGACUAAGGGUGGGAAAGAAGGGGGAGAGAGAGAAAUGGGGAAGGGAGAGAAACAAUUGGACAAUCUUUCAAAACUUUAAACAAAAUUGAAACAAUGUAAAGGAAGAAAAGUGGAAAUGGGGUGGUGCGUUUUCUGAGUUUACCUGUAAAGAACUGAGGACAGAGGGAGAAAAAAUAAAUAAAUAAUUUUUUUUAAAAAAACCUGAGCAUGACAACUCCAGAACACAAUAGAAAAGGAGGAGAUUGCAAGGAUCAUCUUGUGUGUUGAUUCAAUUCCUCUGUGGUUCCUUCUUACUGCCUUGAUUUGAUUCUCUUUAUGUCGCCACAUCCACAAUGAGGUGCAAUUUACAAGUAAGUCUUUUGCAUUCUCUGCACAGGAAAAAGUCACUGAAACUGGUAGGAAACACGCCAAGGCAGGCUUUGCUUUGCUCAUCCCCCUCAGGCUGGUUUUUUGAUCGGCUGGAGAGGUGGCAUCUCUCAUUUCUCCCUCUCAUGCUCUUUUGGAGCCAGGCCGUAGCUCGGAAGAGGAAAAAACUGAGACAGCGUUAGUUUUUGAGGAGCACAAUGGAGAACACAAAAUGCGCACACAAAACAACCUGGAUUUUUCAUCUUCAGAGAAAACCAUCUGUUAAACUCAUCAUUAUAAAAGUAGAAAAGCACAGAUUCUUUUUUUCCUCUUAGAAAACAAAGAGUUUUCCUAGCAUUAUUUACAACUUGUAGCUUCUGUACAAAAUCAUCAUUCCACAUAUUUACACAAGGGAACCGUUAGUUCUCAUGUACCGCUGACUUCUCAAGUGUUUUCCCAGGUGGAAUCUAGAUGAAAUUACGCCUCUGGAAAGAUACUCGUGUGGUUUUAGAAAAAUCUGGACAAAGGGGGUCCCCCUGUAGCUUAGGGAGAAAUCAUUCUAACUUCCUGAACACUCUUGUGAGCGUGAAGGGACGGCAACACAAGGAGACAGCAGUUAAUUCCGCAUCUCCCAGUGAUUCACUUAGAGAUCCCUGUUUCUUUCCCCAACCCUUUAUCUCAGCCAUUUCUGACCAAUGAGUGAUGGAUGGGGUCUUGCAGCUAUGGUUUCUCAUGCAUCUUGACACGAGGGGAAGAAAAACAACAGAUGAUCGUAAACUGAUGCUCACGUAUUCCCCAGCACCUCCCUACCCCACUGCUGGCAAAAAACACAAUCAUUAGACUGAACUCUCUGCUCUUCUCCGUUCCUGGUGGUCUCAGACGCCAUCCGAUGUCCUUGGAUCUUACCCCUCUUCUCUCCGUGUGUGGCGUGGACAGCGGGAGAGGCGCGGCACAACUAGGUUCCGGCAUGCCCACAGCAGCCAACUGAAUCUGGUUUUAUAUAUGUAUAAAUAUAUAUACAUAUGUACAUAGGUUAAAAACGGGGCAGGGCGGGGAAGUGGGCCUUAUACUUUCAGAAAUUGGCCAGGACCGCCAAGCUCUGCUUGCAGUCAAUCUUGGUGGCGUCGGGACUAGUAUACACAAGGGACAGAGCUGCGAGGAAGGCUUGGCACUCCUCCUCGCUCUCGAAGGCCAGCUCUGACACAACGUAGGAGACUGGAAGCACCGGGCGGAAACUGAGGGAGAUAAAAAGAGACACUGGUGAAUGGGAAAAGGCAGCAGAUGAAAUCCAGGCUAAGACGACAAGCAGAAUCCUGCCCCUAAGUAUGCAAUUAGUUACCAUUAGCUACCCUGGCAACGCGAAGAACUUCACUUGAGCGCGUUUCGUAUUUAAGCUCCUAGCCCUCGUGGUUGUUUUUUAGGAGAGUUUGAAAAGAAGGGGUUCAUGUGGGAUGGGCUUUCAGUGUGCUGCUUAAUUUGUGAAGAGGAGCCAAAGUUCAACUGGCAUGAAGUUGAGUGUGUGUACAGAAUUAAUUACAAAGAUAUGGGGCUGGUUGCAAUAACUGAGGCAUUCUAUCCUUGCUCAGAAGCACAUUCAGGAGGCCUGCAGGUUUUACUAAGUCCUAAGCUAUGAGCAACAAACCAAAACUAAACCUACCUCUACACCCCAAUGCAAUGGUACUAAACAUACAGAGUGAAGUAAAAGAGGCAACUAGCUACACCCAAGGCAGGGAGGGAAGAGUCGUCCAGACUGUGCUGGUAAAUAAAUAGCAAGUUAGUGAUGAAGCGCCCAUAUAUCCUGAAAAUGCAGAAUAGUCAGGACUGCCAUUGGGCAGGUAUCGGCUCUCCUCCAAGUGGAAGGAAAAGCUUAGAAAAAUGUACACCGCUGUACCUGUGGAGCAAGUGGGUGAAGAAACCCACUUCAGGGAACUCUCCUACGUCAAAGUAGAAUUGACUUUAUAUAUAGUACCAAUUGUCAAAAGGGUGACACCGCAGAAAGAGAUCUUGGGAAACGGGGCAGGAAAGGGUAUGCCAUGACAAAAUAUACUAACUUGCUGUUCUAAGAAAUCCUAUUAGUCGUUCACAACCUUGCACAUAAUUAAAGCUUGCUCCUUCAACUCUUUAAAUAAAUAAAUAUAUACAGUGGUGCGCGGG